CCUAUUCAUUUUAUGAUUAACAUGAACAAUAAUACAAAUUUGUUCGUAAAAACGUGAUUCACCAUAGAAAUAUAAUUAAACUUUUAAAGUAAUAUCUUGUUUAUUUCCGUUUGGAAAAUGGCCGUCUUAGGUGCUUAUUUCCUUGGUACCUUUGGUAUAUUCUUGCGCAUUGUGCUAAUGAAAACUAAUUUUCCUAAAUGGCUCCAAUCUAGGAAUGAAGUUGUUACGCCUGUAACAUCAUGGGAAAGAGGUAUGUCAUUUUAGGUACUCUUUAUUUGUUUCAGUCGUUUUGUCUUUCGUCUUCAUUUACUCUUUAAAUUUAAAACUUUUAAGUCUCUUUCUUAGACCUUAGUAGUCUUAGUUCUUAGUUUUACAGUGACAGGUCUCGGGUGGUGAAACCAAUUCAAUUUGUGGCAAAACAAAUUAAUUUGCUAGGCAGAGGUGGGAAUUGAAGGUAGGUGAUGUCUUCCAUGGUAGUAUAUAGGUCUCAGAGUCAGAGUAUCAGAAGUUAUCAAUUUUUACUUCUGGGUUUAAAUUUAGAUUUAGGUCUAGGUCCCUAUUGAUAGGGACUUCGGUAUGAUCCGGGAAGUGCCGAAAACCGGGUAUCGUGAUUUCGUUGUCAAAAUGGCGACCUCCACUUUUUAAUUUACCGAGGGUUGUGUUGUUUAAGAUUUUUUUUGCUAAAGGUAGUUUUGUUAUUAAAUUCUAUUUCUGCCCUCAACUUAAAGCAGACAUGUUUGUUGUUCAUGUGACACUUUUCUUUAAGAAAAAAUUUGACAGUUUGACAUUGAAAAUUAAUGGUAAAUAAUAGCUAAUUUGACUCUUUCAUAAUUUUUUUUUGGAAAAUAUAAGUUUAAAAAGAGAAAAUACCAAUGUUAGAUGUAGGCAUAAAUGACAACAUAUCCAAAAUUCGUGAGGUUAGGACCCCGCCAUGGGUGAGAAAUUUGUGUGCAAAAUUUUUGUCACAUGUGUCCCAAAAUUACCUAUUAUCGAUAAUGGACGUUUUUGUAAUAAGCAACUUGAUUUACACUGGAAAUCCAGCAUAUUACCCACUAAUAACUAAUUUUAAAACAAAGCAACAAUUUACUAGCACAAAUACCUAUUUAUAAUGUUAUCUGAUGCUUUAUUUUGAGGUAUUAAUUGGGGGAGUGGGAUAAAUAACCCUAGCCUUAGUAGCAUUGAGUUUAUAUAUAUAUAUAUAUAUAUAUAUAUCCUAUAAGCCUAGUAUAGUACAGACCUAGUGACAUCCCAACUUGUUAUUGCAGAAUCUAUUAUAGGUAAAUGAUAUUUAUGGCUAUGUAAUCAUAUUUUAAUAAACAUUAUGAUUCUUAAAAUAAAAUUAAAAAUGUAAAUAUUCACUUACCUUUGAUAUUGAAAUAUCCUGUAUUCACUCACAAAUCACAAUAUUCCACAAGAAACUUAUUAUAUAAUAUAAUCCUCAAUAUUCAAGAAAUAACACACUCUGCCACAGUGAUCCAAGAAUUUCUUAAGAUAUUAUUAAAGAAUAAUCAUAAAAGCUUGUACUUACCUCAAGCAAAUGACUAGAACUUAUUUUAAUUUCUAUCAACUGUCAAAGUUGAUACAUUUUGAUUUGUGAAACAAGAUUACUAACUUAAAAUAAAGAAUCUGCUAUUUUUUUGGUCAUAUUCAAAUGAGACUAAAAAUACAUAUAUAGAAAAUGGAAAAAUAAAAAGUAUAAUUGUCAAUUUUAGAUAAAGGAAUCAAAUAAUCCCUGUAUUAUUAUUUGAUACUUAUAAAUGUUAAACAAUUCCAUUGAAAAUUUGAAAUUAAUAUCUAAAGAAUAUUAUUAUUGUUAUAAAAUUAGGGAAAUUUAAUAUAUAUGUGUUUUUAAAAAAUAUAUUAAUUAAAUACAAAUAAGUGACGAGUCAGCAUAUUUGAUACAUUUUAAUAAGGAAAAUUAUCAAGAUUAAAAAUAUUUUUUUGCGGAAUAUUAACAAAAGCUACAAUUGUAUUUUGUGGCUUAAUUUUGAAGAACUCAUAUUUAACUGUGUUCCCUGUAAAUAUUAUAUUUUUGUCUCAUUUUAUAACAAAGUUAUAGGCAUAAAAACAAUAGCAAUAUAAGGGGGACGAAAUGUGGAGGAAAAUCCCAUAGUGAAAAAGUGCUUUUGAGGUCCAUACUAAAAAAUUCAUAACUUUUGAACCACUUGAGCUAGAAAGUUGAUCUUGGUGUUUUUGUAAACCACUCUAUUGGCUCUAUACAGCUGUAGUAGUUUUAUAUUUUUUAAAAUGUUUAGAAAUUUUCAUCAAAGUGCCUACUAUUGAAAACUGGAUUUUGAGCUCUGUACAAGUUUCUCUUCUUCCCCCAUAAACAAUAUUUUAAAAUUUUGUCUUGAAAGAGGGUAUCCCCUCCCCAGAAAAUUAUGUUGACUUGUACAGUGAAAUUGCAUCAUGAUUGAAAUGAAUGGUUUGCUGGUACUUUUUUUCCAUGCAAAAGACAACAUUUUCAAUGACUUUUUCUUGAGUCUAAUGGGACCCGUGUCCGAAUGGCUCUGCGUGUACGGGUCCAUUUUGACUAAAUGCUAUUCAGAUGUUAUUUGUGGUUGUUUAUUUUAGUUAAACUGAAGAAUUAAGUUUACAAACAUAUAGUCCAUUUAAUUGUCUUUCAUUUAAUUUUGAUACCUCAUUUUGUCUUACAAACCCAACAAUAAUAAUUUAAAUAGUUUUUUAAUCCAAAACUCUCACUUCUGGUACCCGGGUGCGAAUAGCCACUUUGUUCUUACUAAGCAGCCUUAAUGAAAUUGUCAUCAAACCUGCUGACAAAGGUGGUGUUCUAGUGAUAUGAGAUAUGGUAAAGUGGCACACAGACAAUUAGAGGUCUGUCAACCAAGUUCAAGGACCCAGUCACCAAAAAUAAUUAUAUCAAGGAAAUAUUUAUUGUAGAAUCUACUUAAAUCUGCCUCUGCUUUACACAUUUGUCUUAGCGACCUUUGCGAGCCCUACUUCUUUCUUCUUACAAAAAUAAACAAUUCUGGUAACCCUCGCUGACCUAUCAGCUGAGUUUGCUCCUGUCCAACAGAGCAAAUUUCUAGAUUCCUGGAUGGUCUUUUCCAAUUUCUAGAUUCUUGGAUGGUGUUUUGUAGUUGAUUACCCUAUAUAUAUAUCAAAUAUCAAGGAUAAAAACUACACUUUAAAUAUAUGUAAUUUCCACUUAAUAUCUCUCCCAUCAAGAAACAUCUUCAAUUUUUUCUGGAUUUCUUGUGACAUGAACAAAAAAGUUUUUUAAAAAUGUACUGUUGCACUGAUAUAAUUUUGCCAUCUUCAAAUGGCAGGUUUGAUCUGGGUUGCUCUGUUCAUGGAAGAAAAAAAUUGCUUUUUUUUAAGAUGAUUAUUCUACUACUGUGCUUUGUUGCAGAAAUAUCUUUGUAGGAUCCCUUGUCUGACAUCAGAACACAAUAAAAAUAUGUAUUUUAAAGUUAAGAUUAAUAGUCACAAUGGAGGUUUUAUCAGAUCAAAAGAUGUUAACUUUGUGUUCCCUGAUUCCUUUUUUUUUUCAGUUGAAGAGGGUUUCUCUUUACAAAAGCAGUUUAUUUCACCAUACUCAGGAGACAUGUUCCAUGAGGUAAUUUUCAGCGUUUGAAAAGGAAUGGUUAUUAAUAAAAUGAAUUAAAACCAAAAAUUUAUGUCAACUAUAAAACAGUUCAUAUAUUUUAUUUCAAUUGGGUCUAUUCCAGUGGUUGGCAAACUCAUUAGUCAAAAGAGCCAAAAAGUCAGCAGCAGGAUCAUAAAGAAAAAAUUAUAGGGCCAAAUUUCUUUUCAAAAACCUUUCAAGAACCAUGUUUUUCAGAUUCAAAACUGAUUUGUGGCCGAUAGCCUAGCCGCACCCAGGUCGCUAAAAACCACUGGUCUAGUCUUAUAAUUUUAAUCAUAGCAUCAUGCUAAACCUUAUUGUUAUAAAUAGCUUCCUUGGUAAGAUAUGUAAUUAUUUAUUUAUUGACUCUUUAAUAUUGAAUUUAUGAAAUUACUUGUCUGUUUAUACUUUUUUUCCAAUUCCAGACACCUCUAGCAUUACGUUGCUUAAAACUGGCAUAUUAUUUUCCCUUUGAUGGAGUCAAAACCUUUUUCAUAGUAAGUUAAUAUUUGGUUUAAAAACAAUUAAUUAAAUUUUACAAUUUAUUGGUCAAAUUUUUUUACUGACUACGUCUGUUCUACUCAAGUAGAUUUGUUUUUAAAAAUGUAAAAACAAUUAUAAAAAAUCUGUUUUAUUAUUUUAUACUUUUUGUUUUAGGUGAUUGACAUCCUCACCAUGAUUUUCUUGUACAGAAUAGCUUCUGCAUUUGGAGACCAAAUGGUAGUAUUAUACUUUUAGAAAUAAUUACGUCAGUUGUUUGCAGUUUAAAAAAAAAUACUACUACUACUACACUCUGAUAUUUUGUGGUGGAUGAAUUAGUUAGAAACAAAUUUAUUAAAUAAAAGGGUUCAUAACCUUUUUGCAGUGCCACAUUCCCUCUCCAUUUCAUAGCAUAUUUCUCUCUCUGUGGAUAAAAAGUAUAUGGUCCUGUCUGAAACAAAAAAAAAAAUUUUGCUUGAAAUCCAAUUUUCAUAUUUAAGGUGGAGAAAUCUUAAAAGCAUGAAAAAUUCAUACUGAUAUUAACAAGUAUUUUGUUUUGUUGCUUCAAAAAUGUCUGGGUCUUUCCGCACCCCAGGCUUUGCCUUGCCCAUUCUCAAGUACUAAAAACUUUUGUUUUAUUUAGAAAAUACAAAUUAUCUUCUUAAAAUCUUAUCUGUCCUUUUUAACUUAAUGAUAUAAAAAACAUCUGGGCUUCUUAAAUAAAAUAGACCAUCAGAAAUUAACCAAAACAUUUUUAUAAAUUAUACAUUAUAAUAACUACUUUUUUCCUACCAUUAUUUAUGUCAAUGUAAAAUUAGAGUUACAUUUUCAGUUGAAAGAGCAAGCUGCAGAAAAGAGUGAAUACUCCCCAAAAGCUGAAUCCCUUUUAGUAACAGCAAAACAGUUAUCAAUGUUACCAUCAACCUUGAUUGCUGUGUGAGUAUGUCAAUAAUGUAGAUAGAAUCAGCACAGGGUACACUUAGUCUAGAUCAGCGGUUCUCAACCUGUGGGUCGCGAUACCCUUAGGGGUCAAACAACCCUUUCCCAGGGGUCGCCUAAACCAUCAGAAAACACAUAUGAAGUAGCUACGAAAUGUUGGGUUUGGGGGGUGUCACAACAUGAGGAACUGUAUUAAAGGGUCGCGUCAUUAAGAAAGAUGGGAACCACUGGUCUAAGAUUGACUAGAUAUACAAUAAAAUUGAAAUUCAAACAAGUCAAAGAUUUAAAACUAUCCUACAUGUAACUUUAAAAGAUCAGUGUAAUUCUUGACACAAUUUUUUUUUACUAACAAGACUCCCAUUUUCAUUAAAGAGCUUAAAUGUGUUGAUUUGUUUACAACUGAAGAAAAAUUCAUUCUUGUGGAGUGGAGUCUCAUGAGCAUUAGACCAAAGUUUGGUGGGUUAACAUGUUAGCAUUACAACAAGACAAGGUGUGUUAACUUGUGAGCAGUAGGCUUUGUUUUGUACACCUCUGCCUUAGGCAAAAGUAACUUAUCCAUGAUCACUUUUGUUUCAGUGGUUCAUCCUCAUGUGGAGAUUGGUGAUACACCUUGUGAAAUAGACUAUAAUAUGAGUUCAUGUUGCCAUUUGAAAAUGUUUAACCUGGUCUGAUUGAAAGUUGAUAUAUGAACUACUGUGAGAUCUUUGUAUAAUUUUACCUGAAAAUUUAACUUGAACAUGAGUCUAAAUUUCUUUAUGAAUAAUUAUAUGUUUAUGGCAUCCUUCUGUCUUUGUGAAUCAAUUGGGUAGCAUUUCUCUGCUGCAUUUCUCACAGGAGAAUCUUGACUCCUUGUUAGAUUUGGCCACCCGAAUUGUUCGUUCUUUUUGUUGCAAGAGCUUCGUUUCGCACAUCUUCUGCCUUUUUGACUCCUUCACUCACUGCUGUUCACCAGCUGGAAAGUUGCCCAGCAAUGGUCUCCCAUUCAUUGAUUUCUAUAUGGGCUUCCCUCAUGCUCCUUUUGCAAACAUCCAUAAAUCGCAGCCUUGGCCGUCCAAUAAGUCUUGUACCUUCUGCCAACUUUCCAUACAGCAGAUUCUUUGGAAUACGGACUUCCUCUAUUCUCCUUACAUGGCCUAACCAUUGAAGGCGCCUCUUAAGAGCGGAAAGUAGGCUGCACAUUUUUGCACAUUCAAAGACCCCUGUGUUCGGCAUCUUGUCCUGUCAUCAAGGGCAUAAAAUGUGACGCAGACAUCUUGAUGAAAGUUGUUGAGUUACUACUCAUGACUAGAAUAUGUGGUCCAAACAUCACUGCCAAAUAGAAGCGUACCAAGCACACAUGCCUGAUAAAAGCUUAGUUUUGUACUAUUAGACUGAGAGUAUUCCAUACCAGUUUAUUCAAUUUAGUCAUAGUUGCUGCUGCUUUUGCAAUCCUAAUGUUCAUCUCUUCAUCACUGAAGAGAGAACUUAGAGAUAUUGGCACAAAUAAUAAAUGUCGUUACCAUAACAACACAUAUUUUUCCUCUAUGCAGCUAGUUAACCACUUGCUUUUUUUUUUUUGCAGGCAUGUGUUCAAUCCAUUCAGCAUUAUGACGACACUUGCCAUGACAACUUCUUCAGUGUCCAAUCUGAUGACACUGUUGACAUUUUACUAUUUAAUCAAAGGUAGUUUAAAUAAUAUUUAUAGAAUUUUCAAAUUUUUCAUGAGAAAGGGCUUGUAACAAGGUUGAAGGCAAGGAUGUAGAAAUGGUUGAGUUUCUUGCCAGGCUACAAUUGCUAUCAGUUUUUUUAUUUUUUUCUAUGCAUCAUAAAUUAUUUUCGCAGUAUACAAAGUUAAAUAUAAUUAAUGAAUUUAGACUGUACUGUCACAUUAGGAUGCUGUGAAAAUCACUUCAACUGCAAAUACCCACUUUGACAACCCCAACUUAUAUGUGAAUAUUUACAGCAGGCACACAUUAAAAUCUGUAACAAAGUAUCAUCUAACAUUGUGGUUAGUAUAGUAUGGUGGCUGGCAACCCGCAGAAUAGAUGAAGUUCUUUUUUUUAAAAAACUAAUCUUUAAUGGCAAACAUUCUGCCUGCGGCUCCCAAAGUGUUUACUUAGUUAAUGCUGGUAUAACUUAUAAAAAUGACUCUCUCUCAAAAAAAGUAGGAUUUAAAAAUAUAACACACUGGUGACCUCGAUUGCAUUUUUUAUGAAAGAUAACAACAAAUAUGGAUUGAUCUUGUCAAGGGAAUUGCUAUUUUAGAUAUUUCAUAGUUUGAGAAAGUUAAUUUUUUUUGUACAUGUAAUUAUUCUUUCCUAAACAGGCAACAAAUUAAUGUGCACAUUAUUCCUGGCACUUUCUACAUAUCAGACACUUUACCCUCUUGUAUUAAUUGUACCAGUAGCACUUCAUUUUUAUAGGGUAAGUAUAUUGUUUUACAUUGUUAAUUAUUCUUAAACUUUAAGUUAAAGGCUUUGAAGGGUAAAAAAAAAUAGACAGGGUUGAGAAUUAAAACAGCCCAUAACUUAAAGUAAUUGUAGAAAUUAAAAUAAUUUGAAUGAUUAUAUUUCAUCAAUUUUUUUUUCUUCUCUUAAAUUCUCAUGUAAAUACUUCUUUUACUGUUGUUCAAUCUGUCUUUAUUUUGUUAAUAAAAUAAAAAAACUUAUAUUUGUAAUUUUCUCUGCCUAGGUGUUCUACAAAUAUAUGCUAUAAUACCUGUUAAAAAACCUUUCAUCAAAUCAAGAUUUGGCACUGAUUAUUUACAUUUCUUUAUUAGUUUGUUGUAUAAUUUUAAACUUUCAGAAUUCCAUAUCAUCAACUUCAGCACAAUCUUUUGUCAGUGGGGAAGCUGUUUCCAGCUACAUUAUCACAAGUUCCAUGUUUCUGAUCCUUUUUGGAUUUCUCAUUGGAGUAUCUUACGUCUUAGAAGGCUCAUGGGAUUUUCUGUUUUCAACUUAUGGUUUCAUGUAAGGACAAAAACCAAUAAAAUUAUAGCUGCUUGCAAUACCUGAACAAUAAAAUGGUCACAAAACUAGCAAUAUCUAUAAUUAGUUGAUUCUUAAUUAAAGAUUAUACAAACAAUUAAAAAAAAAAAUUUAAAAAAAAUUUUUAAAAAAAGGCAGCCUUAAAAAAUGUGAUAAGGUUUCUCAUUUCCUGGAAAAUCCCAGGAAAUUCCCUGGAUCCCAGGAUAAAUUUAAAUUAAUUAAGAUUAUAUCAGACCUGUUUACUCUUACGAUUUUGGCGUACAAUGUACGAUUUUUAGGCGUAUAGAUUGUAUAUACUGUUAAUUUUUUACUAUAAAUAUAACGUAUUGAACGAUUUUGUGAUGAUUAUCUACGAUUUUAAGAGUUUGAGGGUAAACAGGUCUGUUAUAUGAUAAAAGGGAAUUAAAAUUUAUCAGGGAUGGUUUUUAUAAUUGCUAAUUUUAAGGCUAUCUGAGAGGUUGUUCUCUUGCUACCAGUUGCUUCAUUUUUCCCUCGAUAACCCUAGUAAUAGAUAAUGUGCUAAUAUAGGCUUGUAAAGCAAUGGUUGGAUAUAAACUUUACACUCUAUAUGAGUUUUGUAUUCAUUGCAGGUAGCAAUUUCUAGUUUCAAAUCUGUCAUGAAAUAUUUCCAAUGUUUCUAACAACUUGUAAGAUGGGUUAAUACAUGUUUCCAUAUAUGUGUAUGUCUUGUUAGGUGGAUUUUGAGAUUUAAAAAAAACACUACAUGUGAAGAUGUUUUGACACAUACCGGUAUUAUAAGUUGCCUUAGUACAGCGGUCCAUGGGAGGUGCCCUGUGAGAUCACUGGCUGAAACAUUAUACUAAGAGAAAUAGUGAUUUUCAAAAGUUUUAUUUUCUAUUUCUUUUCUUAUAGUAUAGUUUGAGUUACAAUUACAAUCAUGACAUCCAAUAUGUAUUUAAUUAUAUUGCUGACCAAUCCAGCUUUAAUGUUUUCAUUACGGUACUUUGUUUAAAAGCCUUUUAUUUUCUUCAAUUUAUCGUGAUUUGAAAACGCUUUAAAAAAUUGAAACAUUUGUGACAAUCUUUGACCUGCUGAAAUUUUAAAAGAAGCUUUAUUUUUUUAAAUUAUUGAAAUGUUUACUUUAUGCAUUCACAGCUUGACAGUUCCAGACCUAACUCCCAAUACCGGUAUAUUCUGGUAUUUUUUUACUGAGAUGUUUGACCAUUUUCGCACAUUCUUUGUGUGUGUGUUCCAGAUGAAUGCAUUUAUAUACACCAUUCCCUUGGCUGUAAAAUUUACGUGAGUAGCCUAUCCAUGAAAAACAUUUGUAUUUUUACUUUUUUUCAUUCCUCGCACUUACCUCACAAUAUGUUGCUGCCCUGUCUAUCCCUGGCUUCCAAAAUAAAAUACAUAAAUAAAUGUUAAAAAGUCUGAUUCUUGAUUUCAAGUCACUGAAUUAAUUUUCUCAUUUCAUUGUUUGUUUAUAAUCCUUAUUCAUUAGUUGUCAUUUCUGUCCUUUAUCGUCUGCUUCAAAUGUUAAAACCAAAUUUUAUGGAUAACAGUAAUGGGUCAUCCAUUUGUACAUAUGCAAAAAAGGUAAAACUUCAACAAUUCCUACACCCCUAUUGGACACAUAUUGGGGGGGGGGGCCUCUGCAUACACACAAAUUAGCUUUUGACGUAGGGCGCCUGGGGAAAACUUAAAUUCGUCAAGUAGCACCCAGACUAGAAAAAUACGAAAGAAACAAAAAAAAAGGUAAACAUUGGACUCAAUAUUAUUGUAACUAGUGCAAUAUCUAGCAAGUUCACUUGUGAAAAUACAAAGCAAAAGUGUGAUGUGACGAUAUUUAAAAAACAUUGAAUGAUAAUUUGAAAACCUUAAAUAGGCUUUUUAUGGACUGUCACAAUUUCAUAUUUUUCGUUGUUGCAGAAUUUGUAAAGAAAUGUGUGCAAAGCACCCCCCCCCCCAUGCACUCAUGCAUAAAAUUCCAAAAUCAAUAACCCUCAGACUUAAGUUUCCCUUUAAUUAUCUCAUUCCAAAGUGUAUCAAUUGUCAGAAUGUUGUGUGUUAAUGAUUUUUUUCAUAGGGGGGGGGGGGUUUGUAAUAUUUGAUUUGUUAUUCAAUAACCCUCAGACUUAAGUUUCCCUUUAAUUAUCUCAUUCCAAAGUGUAUCAAUUGUCAGAAUGUUGUGUGUUAAUGAUUUUUUUCAUAGGGGGGGGGGGGGUUUGUAAUAUUUGAUUUGUUAGUGAGGGAAUUUGGUCUAGAGAUUUAUUGUGUAAUUUGUUGUCAUGGGUAAUGUGUGUUGAUUACUUUUGGGGAUGACUUUAUUUUUUUUUUAUGGAUCAGCAACUAUGCAACAAGUAAGCUUAAGAAAGGAUUUAAACAGGGAAAGAUUUUUGUGAAGGAGAGUUAGUAGUCGUCAGUUUUAGCAAAAACCAAGUUCUUUUCAAUGUAGUAUGGAUUUGAUAUAUGAUAUUUAUCCUUUUUUUUCCUUGUUAAAAUAGCACAUUCGUAUAGACUAUGCUCAGCUCAUUUAUAUACCUUCCUGGUAUUUAAUUUUUAAUGUGUGCGUUAAAUGUGUUAUUUCUCCCCAGCAAAAGACCUUUAUUUCUCAUGUAUGUUUUGAUGUUUCUGACCUCCAUAUUCAAGUCUUAUCCUAGCUAUGGGGAUGCAGCUCUAUACAUCAGUCUUCUGCCAUUGUGGAAGCACACCUUUUGCUGUAAGUAAAAUUAUAUUCUCUAUACAUAUAAUUAAAAUAAUGUCUUUAGAAUACCGACAUACCAUUUUGAAACUCAAUGAAAAGUCUUGAUAACUCUGAAACUGUCAUUACAAGUAAAACUAUAAUUUGAAAGGAAUUAAAUAAUGUAACGCACUGCUUGUUGUGCUUCCUAAUUUCCCUGAUUUGUGCGGUCUUAUGCUUUAUUAUCCUGGUUUCUGGUUCAGGGUGUAUAGCAACCUAACUCCCAAAUAAAGAAACCACAAUUUUUUUUUUCUACUUUCAUUACUGUUAUGAAUGUCAACUUAUCUCCCCUCCAUCAAACUGAAAUGAAAUUGUUUUGUUUUCUUGAGUAAAUUUUUAAUUUUACUUAUCAUAGAUUUAAGGAACACACUGAUGAUUGUUGGAAUGUUCAUGUGCUGCAUUGUGCUCUCCCCUAUUCUGUAUCAUCUGUGGAUAUUUGCCGGCAGUGCCAAUGCUAAUUUCUAUUUUGCCAUUACUUUGACUUAUUCCACUGCUCAGGUUUGUAUGUGUUUAUUUAGUAAAUUAAAAUUUGGUUAAAAUUUAGAAUGGUAUAUCAUGGUAAUUAAUAUAUGAGGGAAUGCAUAUAUUUAUCAGUUAAGAUUAAAGCUAGAAUUAUUCCUCUGCUUCUUCAAAAAAUAAGGUCUAGUUAAUCCAAGUAUAAAAAGAAGUACAUUGGUUUCAAAAUAAUGUAUUGUUAUAUUACAAAUACAACACAUAAAUAGUAAAUUACAAGGGUAAUGCUACCGUUCGAACAGCAGUCACACUAAAAAGUUGGAGUACCUACAGUUUAACCCUUCAGCCAGAGGCCAUGGUGACAGAGUUUCACACUCUCUUUGUCUGUGUAUAGGGUGUUUAUGUAAUUUGGUAUUUUUAGGUCGACAAAGACAAUAUAUUAAAAUGUGUGCAAUUAUGUUAAAUAAGUUAUCUUAAUCUUAUUUUUUAGACUAUUUAAUUUCUAGAGAAAAGGGAUUUGUUAAAUUACAACCUUAUCAAUAAUGUUUAUAUUUUUUAAAGGCAUGCAACCAUGAAAAAUGUUGACACUCCAAAGACAUCAAAUUACUUUAAAUUUUAAAUAGAUGAAAACUUUCUUUGUUUAAGAUUUUUUUUUAAAUUUAGUGAAAGUCAGUUCAUUAUCAUUACUCAAGAAAAAUAAAUCAUAAUUUCUAUGUUAAGCUUGUGUUUAGAAGUAGAAAAAAAUAGUUUGCACUUCUUAUUUCUUUUCUCUAUGAUUUCUAUAUCUAGUUCAGGAAUCCACUAAACAUUAAUUCUGUUCAUUUUUCACAGAUCCUACUAUUCACAGAUUUGUUAUUUGCUUACAUUCGAUGGGAAUAUGGGCUCUACAAUGGCAAAGAUAUUAGGAAUCCAGAUGGGUCUAAAACUCUUAUUAUUUUAGAGUGACGAAUUUGUCAUAUUUUGAUGUAUAUUAUCUAAUGUAUUUUUGCCCUUCCUGUUCUAACAUGUUCUCUGUAUUCAUUAAAAAAUUGGGUACAAAUAGU